ACUUCCUCAAUGUUGAACAAAUAACACCAGUUACAUUACCUCUCCUCUUCCUCCUUCCUUACUCCGUCUACGUUACCUUCUAUCACACACACACACUACCAUCAUCAUCAUCGUCAUCACCAUCAGCGAUAGUACUGCCGUUUCUUUUCCCAACGUACUCCUCCUCCUCCUACGACUACGUCAACAGCCGUACCUCAAGGUAGCGGGUUGCUAAUGGUAGGGGUAAUAGUAAGAGUAUAGAAGUCAUAAAAGAGGUAAAGGUAUCAAUACCGCCACCACCACCCUCAUCAUCACCAUAAAAAAAAAAAAACAAACAGAUCAAUCAAAGCUGAGUCGAAAUCGAGGCUGGUUCUGCUCAGUUGUUGAUAUAGAAGUGCGAAGGUGCAUCACAUAACGACGCAUUGGUGGAUGGUACAGGUGCAGCUGCAAUAACAAGUGUUCCAACAGCAACAACUUUAUGUAUGUGUAGGUGUCUUCCAUAAACGAGAUUUAAAAGGAGAGAUGGCAGGUGCAUGGACCAGCUAUUUGUUGUGUCUGGUAUUGCUGGUGUGUUUGUUGUGUCGGCCUCCUUGUGUGUGGACCACUCGGAUGGACAGUACUGGUUUCUACACCGACAACGGCCUGGAACAGUCCGUGAUGGUCAGCCGGAUCCCACAUCGUGUGAAGAAGGAAUUUCAACAAGAAAUACUCACCUUGAUGGGAUUACACCACAAACCGAAACCACGAGCUCCCGGUAAGGAGACUUCUGCUCCCCGCUUCAUGAUUGAUCUGUACAAUAAGCUGCAUGGUUCAGGUGCCAGUGGAUCCAUUGAAGAUGACGAUGAGGAUGAACACCCCCACUUCUUCAGCAGAACUUUAGAAAAUGAAAUGCCUAAACUCAACAGUUCUGAUGUUAUCAUGAGUUUUGUCAACCAUGUGCACAAAAUCCAUUUCCUUCGCCAUGAAAGGGACCGAACCUUCUUCUUUGACUUUGGAGAAGUGUCCCCACAAGAGACAGUGACAGGGGCCGAACUGAGGUUGUACAAAGCCAAGGAUAGACGUGGUCGCCAUACAACUUAUCAUAUUGAGGUGUUUACCAUCCAACAGGGAGUUGAUGAACAAGACAAGAUUUUGGUUCCUGAAACCAAUCAUUUGGUGUCUUCUGACUUUGAAGGUUGGAUCUUAAUGAAUGUUACCAAUGCUGCAGACUCUUGGACCAUCAUGCCAGCUUCCAAUAUGGGUCUUUACCUCAAAAUCACUGACAUGAGCACAGGUCAAGAAUUAAGACCCAACCAUAUCGGUAUUGUAGGACAUAGAGGAGACCCUGAUAAACAGGCAUUUUUGGUCUGCUUUUUCAAGAUGAGUCAACAGCUUCAUGUACGACGAACACGUUCUGCACGGCGGCAAAUGGAUACUCGUACAGCAGUUUCACAUCGUGAUGAUUCUCAUUGGACGUGGAGACGAACACGACGUUAUGUACGACCAGUCUGUCGAAGAAAGACAAUGUAUGUUGACUUUGAAGAUUUAGGCUGGCAGAGUUGGAUCAUUGCACCUGAGGGUUACUCUGCAUUCUACUGCGACGGCGACUGCAUAUUUCCACUCGGUCUGAACAUGAACGCCACAAAUCAUGCCAUUGUACAACUUCUGCUUCAUACAGUGAAAUCUCAGACAAUGCCUAAGCCCUGCUGUUCCCCUACCAAACUGAGUGCCAUCUCUGUGCUCUACUUUGAUGAUAAUUCCAAUGUCAUUCUCAAGAAAUAUCGAAGUAUGAAGGUGAAGGCUUGUGGCUGUCACUAGUGUUCACCUCAUACCUCUACGUCUUGUAACACUGUAUUGCGCACACACACACACACAUACACACACACACACACACACAUUCAUUGGACUCCUGCUAGCCGAAAGACAUUGAUGCAUGUGUGCAUGGGACGGCUGAGUGCACUUGCAAUGCCACUGUCCUGUUUUUUCUUUUUCUUUUGCGUUUUCAAUUUGGGUGUGCAACAAAUGUUGCACAUUUGCAGGUAUCAGGAUUUAGUAUUUUUUUAUGUACAGUCUCUAUGGACAUAUGAUGAAUGAAUGUGUAUGGCUGUGUGUGUGAGUAUGGUUCUGUGUGUGAGUGUGUGUAUGCUUGUAUAUAUCUGUAUAUCUCUUUCAAUUCAUGUUACAGUUGGUAAGGUCCUCAAGAAUACUGCUGAAAACAACAAAGCAAGAACAAA